AUGGUAUAUGGAAAAGUUUCCCGAGUGCUGUGUUAACAAAUCUGAGGAAGAGGAUUAUAAGUACAGAAAUGUACUGGCUGCUGUAGCACACUGGGCUUCAAAGUGGACUUUAGCUGAAGCUGUAAAUUUACUUUGCCAGGAUGGAAAUUUAGUUAGAAAUGUAGCGAAGGGGACCACACGCCAGUGGAGAAGCUUUAGUCAAUAUGAAAAGAAAAAUAGUUUCAGGCUUUUCCUUCAAUGGUCUGAGAACUAUGUGUGCGGAGAGGCUGUUAAUGAAGAACUCUGGGAAGAAACCAUACAUUCCGCUAAACUCAUUCUCAAGGGGGAGGAACAGAAAGCGUUCAAGAAUCUACCAAUCCAGAACUGGAAAAUAAAACGGGUGAAGCCGAGUAUGGAAUGCUUCCACAUGGUUCCGCAUCCAGGAGACAUUACUCCGGUUGAGAGUGAGGAAAACAUGAAUAACAACGAGAAAAUAUCUUACAAGAAAAAGAUUAAGUUUGAAUCUGAAUCUGACGAACUGAAAAGAAGUCUGGCCGACGAUUUGAGACGCGAAUCUGGUCCCAUGGUUAGCGUAACAGACGAACGACGAAGCGUGACAGACGAACGACAAAGCGUAACAGACGAACGACGAAGCGUGAUGGACGAACGACUUGAUAGUGUUUUUGAAGAAGAAGAUGUUGAGAAGAAAGAGAGCGUCUCUAAAGAUCGAAGAAGAAGUAACUCAUAUGAAAGUAUGAAAAAAUCAAUGACUAUGUCAGCAACUGAGGAUCUUUUAGUUUUCAAUUAGGAACUAAAAAAUCAGUAUUUAAAAAAAUCCGCAAAAUUCUCGGGUUUUUCCUAUUUUGAUAAUACAUUUCUUAUCAACCUAAA